AUGACCUCUGUCAGUAGACAGUGGCUGGCCUCUUUGGGUUGCGUCCUAUGACAUCUUACGGAGGUUUAUACGCUAGUGCACUUCGGUAUCUGCCAGUUUAUUAUCUAAUUUUUAAUGCAGAGCGACGAUAGACGCGGUUUCCUGAACGGCAUCUUAUCCCUGAAGGGAAAGAGUAGAUCAUGCCAUUAACGAAGUCUUGAAUACUGGGCAGAUUAUCAAUUUGACACCGCUACCGUCCUGUGUUUGGGAAAAAGGUGCCUGCCAGACAGGGGACUCUUACUUGUUUCCUCAUCCGCAUUGAAUACUCUGCUGUGGUAUAGGGAAACAGUAGGACGUAUACCAUGCGCUCUUCAACCGUCUUCUACUGGAUGACUAUUUGGGCUAUCUGUAUCGGUGGCAAACAAGGAGUAUUGGCGAAAAAGACAGUACAAAGCACAAUCAGGGCAUGUAAAAGAAACGGCACAUUCUGCGACCCGAGAGACUCGGGGAAAUAUUACGUCUGCCUAGAGGGACAUACUAGGGCAACCGUCCUGACCUGUCCCCCGGGAUUAUAUUGUAAAAAAGGCACUUUCACUGGGACCAUCAUUUGCGAUCACGGCGCAGUACAUUAUGAACCGGUGAGAAAGAAAUCAGUGGUUGGAAGGAACGUCAAAAGACCUGUUGCGGAGGCUUUGGCGCCGGCAAGAACUUCCAUAAUUGAUGAUGUACUCAAAGCCCUCCAUUCCCUGGCCAAAUCUUCCUACUCUUAUGUCGCCACGAUGGUCCAUAAUCAUAUGUCCCAUCCCAAAACCAGCAAACCAGAUUCAAACUACGGACCCAAGCCGUCAAAGAAGUACAAAGUAGAUGUCAUAUCGUACCCUGAUGUGAAAUCCAAAUGUAACGCUGACAAAUGCAAACUUCCAUCCUGCCUGUGUCCCUCUACAGCAGUUCCCAACAAACUCCAAGCCAAGGAGUUGCCGCAGAUCGUCUACUUCACUUUCGAUGAUGGCGUGAACACAAUAAACCACGCUUUUUACGAACGUCUUUUCCCAGAAAAUCGCAGGAACCCCAAUGGUUGCCCCAUUAAGGCAACUUUCUUCGUGUCUCACGAUACGACAGAUUAUGACCUUGUCAACUCCAUGUACUUGCGUGGCCACGAAAUAGCAAGCCACAGUGUAACGCAUCGUACCCCAACGACCUGGUGGAAAGAUGCAUCUUACGAGGACUUGAAAGAAGAGAUUUCAGGGCAAAGAGACAACAUCCAUACUGAAGCUCACAUACCCAUAAGUGCAGUACGAGGAGUCCGAGUGCCGUUUUUACAACAAGCCGGAGAUAUAUUCUUCAGAAUGAUGAAAGAUCAGAACUUUCUAUUCGACUCUUCACUCGUUCCCUCUCGUCCUCACAGCCCCAACGACCACUAUCUCCCCACCUGGCCUUUCACCAUGGAUUCCCCGAUUUCUUCGACCCUUUUUACCUGCACUGAAGGUAUGAACUGCCCCACGGGUAACUUCUCCGGUGUCUGGGAACUCCCCAUGAAUAGGAUGUUCGGGCCGCAUGGGUUUCCAUGCGCUAUGGUGGACGGGUGCCCCUCCCCUAAUAACGUUGAGGAGUCUUACGAUUACCUCAUGUCCAACUUUAAGAGGCAUUAUAACGGAAACAGGGCUCCGAUGGGGUUAAACAUGCACGCUGCCUGGUUCGUCAACAGGCCUCACAAUCUGGAUGCCAUGGAUAAAUUCAUCGGAGAUUUAGUUAAAAAAGACGACGUCUGGAUUCUUACAGCUUCUGAACUUAUUAAAUGGGUGAAAAACAUAACCCCUCAAUCCCAAAUGAGGUCUUUUAAUUUCAAUUGUUAGCAUAUGGAGUUGAAUGCAAAAAUAUUAUAAGCAAGCCUCGUGUUAAACGCGUUAAGAUAAACCGUUGUUUUAAUGUAUAUACAUUUAUUGACCAAGAUAAACUCCUUUGAACAUAAAAUAUAUGACAUUCUAAUACAGCAUAUUACUCCUUCACCGUCUUACAUCAAACCGGCAAUUAGCAAUUCAGAUACACUUGCUCCAGGUAAACUGAGAGCAGAGAAGGCAGGUAGUAUACAUGCUUGUAGUAGACUUAUCUAAAA